AUGACGCUGGUCAGACCACCGAUGACCAGCUUCAUGAUGACCGUCAGAGCUGACUGCAUUGUUUCUGCACCGCCCAGCGAUCUCCCGGGGCGCCGCCGCCGAGCCCACCCCACGCCCACCUGCACGGCAGGCCCGGGAGCACCUGAAACCCGGGGCCGGCGUCCGCGCUACCGCACCUGCCUGUCCGGGUCCGCGGGUCCCCGCGGCAGAGCAAAGGUCACGGCCGGAGCCGAGCGCGUCGUCCAGCAGGAAGUGACGACCACCCGACUCAGGCCCGGCACCCUGUGGCGAGGCGGCCCCCACGAGGACCAGAGCGCGCCAGACGGGGAGGCAGGGACCAGGGGUUCCGGGGUGGUCGGCGCGGACGCGGGGGGCGAGGUCCGGCCGCCCGGACGCCUGCGCGGGCGCCCGGGGCAGGGGGCGGCCGGCCAGCGCCUCCCGGCUCCACACCCCGCGGUAGGCAGGGCAGCCCCCGUCCCCGCGACCCCCGCCCCGCCCCCACGACCCCACGACUCCACGACCCCACGACCGCGGGCGGCGGGCCGGGCCGAGGGGCCGCUCACUCACCGUUCGCUCGCCGGGCCGAGCCCGCGGGUCCCGCCGCCCCGCCGCCGCUCGCAGUCGCUAGCCGGUCCCCGGCGCCGCGGCCGCCCCCUGCCCCAUGGCCACCCCCUGCCCCACGGCCACCCGGCCCGCGGCGCCGGCCCGCCUAGCAUCAAUGCCGCCACGCCGCCAGUGCGCACGCGCGCCCCCUCCUGCCGCGCGCAUGCGCCUCCGGAGCCAUACGCAAGCGCUCCGCGCCCGCCCCGCCCCGCGCGUGUGGGGCGGCCCGCAAGGACACCGGGCAGGGACUAG